AGUUUUCUCUAGGGAAAAUAUGACGGAACACAGGAAAAAGGAGCGGCGGAAAGAGGGAUCCGUUGUUGAAUGCAACUCUCCAAAUGCAACAUUAUUGGAAAACGCUUCGGACCUUGCUUCAAAAUACGACUCUAUGCAGCCUUCUUGUGCCAGUGAUGAUGUAGAUGGUUUGGUGUGCGAAGAACGUUCGUCAUCUCCUGUUGUUAACAACUUUGUGAUUGAUUCCGAUGAUGACUGCGACAGGAACGCUAAUGAAAUAAAUGGUGACGAUGGAAAUAGUCAUGCAAACUUCUCUAGUUCAUGUGGUGCAGAAGUGAUCACGCACAACCUAGACACGAAUAGAGCAUAUCGGCAGCGUCAUGCACUUCCACCAAAAGGAUCAAAAGAAAGAGCAGAAAUUCUGAAGGAGAACGCGAAGAGACGUAUUCAGGAGUCAGCAAAAAGACAUCAAUGUCCGUACUGCGAGUAUUGCGCACCGUUUCCUAGCAAAGUCAAACGUCACAUAGCUAGUUGGCACAGCGAUUCGCAUUGUUGCCCUGACUGCCACGCGAAAUUCAGUACAUACUCCAUGCUGCGGAAGCAUAUUUCUAUAGAGCAUCCGAAGACACAUAAGUGUCAGUUUUGUGACUACUCGCACAAGAUUCGAGCUUAUGUACGCAAGCAUACCAUCGCUAAUCAUGAGAAGGGUAUGCUGUGCACGAUAGCAGGAUGCAAUAAGCGCGUAUCACGUUGGAGGUUACGAGCUCACUUGGAACAAGAGCACCCUCUUUUUGAAUUGAAGAACUCUUCGUCCGACUCUUCCUCCCCAGCAAUCGAAGCUGAUUUGGCUCUGAAAUGUUCACAAUGCAGUUUUGAGACCGAUGAGCUGGAAGAUUACAACUCGCAUGUGCAAAACGCUCAUGGGUCUGGAAUAGAAUGCCCUAUUCCCGGAUGUUCUAUUCGCUUUCUACUUGGUGAUAUGGACAGACAUUUCUCAUCAAUGCAUGACCAUUCUGAGUUGGAACAUGAUCUGCGAAAAUCUCUGUUGGAAAGUAGAUACGAAGCCAGUUGCACAACGACAACAAUCUCUGAUUGUGUUUCGACCUCUAGCUGCUCUGAAACGCCCUCUUCGAUUGUCGACUUUGCUACCCCUAAACACUCUCUACGAGGGAUUCCCGAAAACAACCAAGGCCGCACAGACUUUCAAUGCAGCAUCUGCAGAAGAGAAUAUGGAAACUAUCGCCUUCUAAGGAAGCAUAUAAAAAGUGUUCAUGAAAAGAGUUAUGCUACUUACACUCGUCUACCGAAGUAUGCUUGCAAUAUCGACGAUUGCAAGAAGGUGUUUACCACCUCUGGCCUUCUACAGGAUCACAUCAACAUGCACAAAGAUGUGAAGCCCUACACUUGUACUCAUUGUGACCGCUCUUUCCAUGCGAGAGCAAGAUUUGCUGUGCAUCUCUCGAAAUAUCAUGGAGCAAGCAUACGUGAUUACUGUUGUGUUUCUAAUUUUUUGACACAAAGUGUACAUGGUAAGCGAGAAUAAUAGAGUUUGAAUUCACCUGUCAGAAUUCUAUUUUUUCCAUAGAUAGGCA